CGUGGCCUUCUGGGAACCGUGUCCCAUCUUGCCCGGACGUCCGCAGGGAGCCCGCGAGCUCGCCCCUUGCCCCAGCGCGCCCUCUGCCCGCGCUCGCGCCGCGACUGCCAGAUGAACGAGGAGCCCGGCAGACGAGGACUCGUCCAGGAGUACACGAGGCCGGGCAGCGCCUACGUGGUGUCGCGGGAGUUCCCGCCACGGCCCGGCUCGGCGGCCCAGCAGGGCUCCUCUUUGUCGUCUGGCUCCAGGCCGCCUCUGGGCGCUGCUGCCAGCGGCUUCGGGCGGCCCGCCGCCAGCCGCGGCGGCCCCGGCUCGCGGGCGGGGUCCCGGGCUGGGUCGCAGUCCAGGCCAAUCGAUAUAUUGGAAGACGAGGAGGCCGCGCCCGCGCAGAGGGCCGGGGGCCAGGGGCUGCGCGGCCUGGACGGCUGA